AUGUCACCAACCACGCAACCCAAGAGCUCGAAACCCGAGCUUGCCCCUGAAGCAACCAUCAAACAUCGGAGCGAACGCAGCAGAAAGCUUCACAACGCCAAGAAGAGAUAUGCCAAACAACUCCCUUCUUUGGCGCAGGAGUACAUAGAGCGAGGUAGAGAUGCAGGUAGAGCUAACGAUCGUGACAAGACCCAGCAGAGAAAAGCCGAGAGGGAAGACAAUGUGCCCGCAGAAACAUUGUCUGACCUUAGCAUGUAG